UCUCUCCUCUCUGAUGACGACAAUGUCGAAAGAUGCAGCAAGAUCGUGUUUUUACUUCCGCGCUCUGAGAUCGGGGGAUUAUGCCUACGACUGGUACAAGAUCGACGACACCAUAGAGUCGGGCACUCAUCUCUCUCCGGCACUCCCCAGGCUUCCCAUCAGCUCCGAGCUCUCAAGUUGCGUCUCACUUGGUCCGACCAUCUACGUCUUCGGCGGCGCAAAGCUCAGCGUAGACGGCAUGUACGUGAAGGGACAUCUGGACGAACUCCAUUGGAUCGACACUCUCCAUCCCGAUGAAAGCGGUUGGGUCAAAGCCCCUCCGACGACGAGGCCUAGGGUCCUCACUUACCAGGCCAACAUCAACGGCAAGAUCUACGUCAUGGGACGCGGAGUCACGGAUGUCUUGGAGAAUCCCGAGCUGAAUUGCUGGCGCAGCUUGAAGCCGCCUCUGGUGGAAACCACUCCGUCAGGGCACGCUGUUUUGGACGGCGGCAAGGGGUUUCUGAUGGGAAAGAAGUCAAAGAAGACAAAUUUCAAACCCCUUGAUCUUGGGAACCGUGAAGCUCAAAAUCGAGGUCUGCAGAGGAGGCAGGUUCCUCUGAUUGAUGAUGUUCCAGAAGAGGACGAUUUUCCACCGUUGGAGGGCGGGAGUGCAUCCAGUAGUAGCUCAAUGCACCAACAAGACUCAACUUUUGAAGAACCCGAACCAGGAACAACACUGUAUGAAGAACCAAAAUUGGAAGGGACAAGCAUUCAAUACUAUAAACUAGGCAAAUUGAAGGAUGGAGUUGAAGUGGGGAUUACUUCCCUAUCCCGGAGCAUCGAGGAGUCAAAUGCGACGAAAAUUAAUAUCGUUUCUUUCAGUAACAUUGAAGACAUGGCUACACAGUUUUGGACAUUAAGGUAUUGUGCUGGGGAGUUUGUUCUGAAGACCCACUUUGUUGAUGAAGUAGCUUCAACCAUGAUAGUCGAGUCAUUUGAUGAUGACAUCAAUAUGUGGCUUAACAAAACGUACAAGUCAUAUAGAAGGGAAAAGAAAUGGAGUGGUGACCAGGUAAGUCUUUCAUGGUGGACUCACCUGGUAAAAAAUGGAUUUCAUUCUAUAUUCAGGGACAUUCUCUUUGGCUUACGCGAGAUCUACAAGCAUGGCUACUAUCAUGGAAGGUUGCUUGAAGGAGUCGCCAUAAAAGACAACAGAGCAAAGCUGUGGAACUUCCGGUGUGCCAAGCCAGGCAAAGAUGUUGACCGUAAUGAAGUGAUGAAUGACUUGAGUGCUCUGAGGAGAAUGAUACUCCAAGUACUUAUGCGGACUUCGAAUUUCGAUCUUGAGUUGGAGCAACAGAAAGAAGACGUGAUCGCAGGACAUCUUGGUCGACUACAUAUACCUGAAGACAUUGGGAACUUUCUAAAAGUUCUCAACGAUGAGACAUUGCUUGAAAAUGUUGAUCUAUCUUGGUUGGUCAAUGACCCCGCAUUUUGGGACGAAAAGAAGAGGCGGUUAUGGAUUGCUGAUCUUUGGGAAUGUAUAAAUUCAUCUGAGAAAGGGACAAGCAGUUUGUUUGAUACAUAUCUCCCUAUUAAGCAUGAGAAAUGGAGAGAUACGGUAGUAGAAGGAAGCUGCUGGCACGAUGUUGUAAAGAGAAUCGAAGCAGACAAGAACAGAUAUUGGGAACAAAAUGGGGGUUCAGAGGUGGAUAUUGAUUUCCAUGAACUUACAAGGUUUUACAGACACUCCAUUGAGCACUACGAUAGGGUAAGGGUCACAAUUGAAUUUCAACUCUUUUUUGUUUUUCCUUCAAGUUUGAUCUAGAAUUUUAACUCUUUUUGUGGUUUUCCUUAAACAUUAGAAGCAAAUUCGUACUAGGGAAGAGAUUGAUCAAGCAAUCAACGAGACUUUCUCCUAUCCUUGCUCGGGUCUCCGGUUGGCUUGCACCAAUUCUUUGUUCCUUGCGGUUC